UCCAUUUGUGUGUAUUUAAGAUAUCUUGAAGAAUUAACAAACCUGGAGGAAAGCGAGGCACGAAGGAGCGGAGGGACUCGAAAAGGAAACAAACGUGAGGGGGAUUAGACAUCUUUAUUAUGAAAUACAAACGAACUUUUCCCGGACGAUGACAACGAUGGGUUAGACUGGAUUGAACGCGAUGAUGGCCAAAUAAAAGCAUUAGUGUGUAAAGAUGUCCGCUCCAGCCGGGCCCCGCAGCGGGCCUGUCCUGCCGGAGAUGCCGGACCUGAGCCACCUCACCGAGGACGAGAGGAAGAUCAUCCUCGGUGUCAUGGACAGGCAGAAGAAAGAGGAGGAGAAGGAGCAGUCUGUGUUGAAGAAAUUGCACCAACAAUUUGAGAUGUACAAGGAGCAAGUGAAGAAGAUAGGAGAGGAAGCACCAACCACCCCGGAACAGAAGGGUGAAGCCCCCACUUGUGGAAUCUGCCAUAAAACUAAGUUUGCCGACGGCUGUGGCCACCUCUGUUCUUAUUGCCAAACAAAGUUCUGUGCACGCUGUGGUGGACGAGUUUCUCUACGCUCAAACAAGGUGAUGUGGGUAUGCAACCUGUGCCGAAAACAACAAGAAAUCCUCACCAAGUCCGGGGCCUGGUUCUACAGCGACCCGGGGGGCAUCAUGCCCACAGGUGCGAGUGACCCUCGCCGUCGCCACGAAGAAGCUCCGCAGGAGAAGAAGGCCAAACUGCAGGAAGCCCCGCUUCUGUACCAGGGACCGCCAGGGGACUGCAGCAGAGCUCCAGGACUCCCGCGACAGGCAUCUCUCAACAACGACACAAAUCUAAAAGCCAACAACCCUCUGAGCAACAGGAAAAGAAGCCCGUCAGCAAGCAGGGAUCCAAACCAAAAAUACGACCAAAGGGAGGAGAAGGCGGAGCGUUCACAGUAUGCGCAAAGAGAAGGCGGCAUGCCACGAUCGCCGUCUGACUACGGGGCCGGAGAGCGGCAAUGUCGAGAAGGCUACGGUCGCUCAUACGAGGAUGCAGAGGUAGCGCGAGGGGCAUACCGUGCUCGACAGGAUGGCUGGCGCUCUCAGGAAGAGUACCCGCCAGAACCAGGCUUCCUACCUGAUGGCCCACCCCUCAGUGAGCACGAACUUCAGCGCCAACGGCAGGAGGAGUACCAGAACCGUUACCGCAGUGACCCAAACCUUGCCCGAUACCCGGUCAAACCGCAACCGUACGAGGAGCAGAUGCGCAUGCAUGCGGAAGUCUCACGCUUCAGGCACGAGCGGCGCCACAGCGACGUCUCCCUGGCUUACACGGAGAUGGAGGUGCCACUAGCGCCCCUACAUGGCCCCCACUAUUCGCCGGGCCACGGACACACCCAACGGAGCUCCAACCACAGUCCGCCGGGUGUAGACUCACUCCACAGGCAACAGCACCUAGAUCCCGUCUCAGCUGUGUGGAAAAGUAAAAGAGAAAAGAUGGAGAGCAUGUUACGGAAUGACUCGCUUAGUUCCGACCAAUCAGAGUCAGUCAGACCGCCGCCACCUAAACCUCACAAGACCAAGAGAGGUGGCAAAAUGAGGCAGGUGUCCCUGAGCAGCUCCGAGGAGGAACUGGCCACCACGCCCGAAUACACCAGUUGUGAGGACGUGGAGAUCGAGAGUGAGUCCGUUAGUGAGAAAGGGGACAGUCAAAGGGGAAAAAGACAAACUUUUGAGCAGUCACACACCUUAUCUGAGGGCCAAAAGAAAAUGGUUCGCUUUGGGGGCCACUCUUUGGAAGAAGAUGCUGAGUGGUGUGAACCCCAGGUUAAAGACUCUGGGGUUGAUACGUGCAGUAGCACGACUCUAAAUGAGGAGCAUAGCCAUAGUGAGAAGCACCCGGUCACAUGGCAGCCCUCCAAAGAUGGAGAUCGACUCAUUGGCAGAAUUCUGCUCAACAAGACCAUGAAGGACAGCACCGUUCCCCGUGACUCUGGAGCUCUUCUGGGACUGAAAGUGGUUGGGGGAAAAAUGACAGAGUCUGGCAGACUUUGUGCAUUCAUCACCAAAGUGAGGAAAGGUAGUUUAGCGGAUACAGUCGGACAUCUCAGACCAGGUGAUCAGGUCCUAGAGUGGAAUGGCCGACAGUUACAAGGAGCCACAUUUAAAGAAGUUUACAAUAUCAUUUUAGAAUCAAAGCCAGAGCCUCAGGUUGAACUAGUGGUCUCACGACCCAUUGGAGAUAUCCCCAGGAUACCAGAAAGCACACACGCACAACUGGAGUCCAGUUCAAGUUCUUUUGAGUCACAAAAGAUGGAGCGGCCCUCCAUAUCCAUUACAUCUCCCAUGAGCCCCGGUAUUCUUCGGGACGCCCCUCAGUACUUAUCAGGACAGCUUACAAGCCAAAGCCUUAGUAGACGAAUUGAGCCUUUUAACCCUAAAGUUCAGGUCAAACUCUGGUAUGACAAAGUCGGCCAUCAGCUCAUCGUCACCAUUCUCGGUGCGAAGGACCUGCGGUCAAGGGAGGAUGGCCGACCACUAAAUCCUUAUGUGAAAAUCUACUUCCUCCCUGAUAGAAGUGACAAAAGCAAAAGAAGAACAAAAACGGUAAAGAAAUCACUAGAGCCCAAAUGGAACCAGACGUUUAUGUAUUCUCCCGUACAUCGGCGAGAGUUCAGGGAACGCAUGCUGGAAAUCACGAUGUGGGAUCAGGCCCGGGUGCGAGAGGAGGAGAGUGAGUUCUUGGGAGAGAUCCUCAUCGAGCUGGAAACAGCACUGCUGGACGAUGAGCCGCACUGGUACAAGCUGCAAACGCAUGAUGUCUCAUCGGUGCCCAAAAGCUCCCCCUGCCUUCAUAGACGAGCACUGCAUGGAGAAAGUCCCUCACGCAGACUGCAGAGGUCCCAGAGGAUCAGCGACAGCGAGUUCUCAGACUAUGACGGUGAGGAUGGCGUUGGCGUUGUGGGAGACUAUAGAAAUGGUAGGGACCUUCAGAGCUCCACCCUGUCUGUGCCCGAGCAGGUCUUGUCAUCCAAUCAUUGCUCUCGGUCAGAAGACAUCAACCGGGCACGGUCUCGAUCACCCAGCAUGCCCCCUUCUCAGAGGAAUUACGGAGCACCAGACCGACACGAAUAUCACCACAGGUCCCGUUCGGCAGAUCAGCGUGCUGCAAUGGAGCGUCCCAUGUACAGUCGCUCCCGCUCUACAGAGCGGCCACCCGACAGGCCCCACAUGAGAUCAUCGAUGCCCUCCUUGCCGUCUGGACAAUCCGUGCCAUCGUCCCCUGCCUUAUCGAGUGCUCAUCCCCAUGGUGGAUCGGCCCAGACCAGCCCCACCGGAACCCCCACGAACUGUAGGAGAGGACGACAGCUACCACAACUGCCUCCAAAAGGGACACUCGAAAGAAACGGAGAUGAAGAACUUGAGCCUUGUCCAGAAGACACGGACUCCCCCGGUUGGACAAACUCAGGUGCUAUGGAUGUGGAGGAACGAACACGGCAGAUGAAACUGAAGAUGAACAAGUAUAAACAGGGAACAGGCUCAGACUCCAGACUGGAACAGGACUAUCCCCCCAAGCGCUCCGGCAGGGAUCCUCAGCGGGGAGAAAACCUCUCGGCCAAGUCUUCGGACAGUGAUGUUAGUGACGUGUCCGCUGUGUCGAGAACUAGUAGUGCAUCUCGAUUCAGCAGCAUGAGCUACAUCUCUGUCCAGUCAGAACGGCCACGAGGCAGCCACAAAAUCAGUGAAUUUACAUCCAAAAUGACAAACAGGCAAACGGGAACGGCGGCCGGCGGCAACAUGACCAAGAGCACCAGCAUCGGUGGGGACAUGUGCAGUCUGGAAAAGACAGAUGGGAGCCAAUCAGACACUGCCGUGAGUCUAGUGGGAACCGAUGUCAAAAAACGGCGUUCCAGCAUCGGCGCAAAGAUGGCUGCGGUCGUGGGGUUGAGUCGAAAGAGUCGCAGCGCGUCCCAGCUCAGCCAGACAGAAGCUGGAGGAAAGAAGCUGCACAGCACGGUUCAGAGAAGCACAGAGACAGGUCUGGCUGUAGAGAUGCGAAGCCGAAUGACACGGCAGGCAAGCCGUGAAUCCACCGACGGCAGCAUGAACAGCUACAGCUCAGAGGGGAACCUCAUCUUCCCUAGUGUACGACUUUCUUCUGACAGUCAGUUCAGCGAUUUCCUGGAUGGACUUGGCCCCGCCCAGCUCGUUGGAAGACAGACAUUAGCCACACCCCCAAUGGGUGACAUACAGAUCGGGAUGGUGGAGAAGAAAGGAGCACUGGAGGUAGAGGUCAUCCGAGCCAGAGGCCUUGUGGGAAAACCCGGUUCUAAGGCACUGCCAGCCCCUUAUGUGAAGGUGUAUUUACUGGAGAAUGGCGCCUGUAUAGCUAAAAAGAAAACAAAAGUAGCACGAAAAACACUGGACCCAUUGUACCAGCAGCCGCUGCCAUUUGAAGAGGCUCCAGGAGGAAAGGUUUUACAGAUCAUUGUGUGGGGAGACUAUGGACGUAUGGACCACAAAUCCUUCAUGGGAGCCGCUCAGAUACUCUUAGAUGAUCUGGACUUGUCAAACAUGGUUAUUGGCUGGUUUAAACUGUUCCCUCCCUCUUCAUUGGUUGAUGCAACCUUGGCCCCCUUGACUAGAAGAACUUCCCAGUCAUCUCUCAACAGUGGUUCUGGACCAUUUGGUCGCUCGUAGCAGUUUCCUGAAAUAUAGCGUUAUUGUAGCAACCAUUGGGUGGAGUUUGAGAUUUGCGACAGGCCCCGUCUCCCCGGUAACACUGCAUGCUUGAUGUUGUGCGUUCAGAGCUUGUUUCUUAGGGGGUGAAAUAAGAGGUCCUGUUUAUGCUCGCAGAAAAAUGUCGCACACAUUGUGCACAAAGAGCACCCCCUAAGGCUAGGGGCGAGACAGGUGAAGAAAGCUGGAAAUGGGCUCCUUUAACUUGAAGAAAAUCACAAUUCCUGCUUUUAGAACCUAUUUGAAGCCAUUGGAGAUGAAUUUGAACUGUGAGAACCAGUCAAAUUCCUCAGAAGCCCUUUUUGAAAUGGGGUAAAACUUUCUCUUUGACUUUUCGUUUUCCAUUGAAUUCAUGUUUCUUUUAAAUGUUGAUGUAUUUCUAUCUACAUGGGCUAACAGUGUUCUUUAACAGAUCCUGGGUCAAGCCAUGCCAACAGACUCAGAAAUGUACACAUUAAAACAAAAAUAUAACAUAGGAAAUGAGUUCAUUUAGCACCUCACUCCCCAGAUAAGAUUCUGCUAGAUCAAUGCAAUGUAGGUUUGAAUCAUCUUGAUGAACUUUUAAGAUCAAAUUGAAUUACUUCUCUUGAUACUGUAUGAAACCUAAACCUUUUUUGCAUGGACACAACUUUAGCUGAACUUAAAAUAAUAAAAUAAAUAGAAAAUAAAAAUACUUUCUUGAGAUUGCAACGUGCAAAAAAAUAUGAUACAAGAAAAAGAAAAACUAACCGAAAAAGCCAUUUUCAACUCUUUAUAUUCUUUUUUUUUUAAAGAUAAAUUUCACUAGUGCAUGGUUGUCAUGGGGAGUGAAUGCUACAGUGUGAUUUGAAAAACAAACCGUGUUUUUUUGUCCUGCAGACCAUUCAUUGGUCUCUCUACUGUAUUUUUUACAGACAUGCAGAUAAAUGAAGAACUUAAAAGUUUAUUUACAGUGAAAAAUCUGUUAAUGUGACAAAGACAUAAAAAAAGAAAAAUGUCUAUGAUUUAUUAUUGUAAAGGUGUAUUGAGCCUUAUGAAGCUAAAGAUGAUGUGCAAAUUGUACAUGUUUCUCGACUUCUCCCUUGUCCCAGGGUAAACUCUGUACUUACUGCUUCCGUUGUCAGAUUUCUACCAAUAUUGUUCAGAUUCUUUGUUUUUUUAAAUUUAUUUUCAGGACUGUUCAUUUCUUACAGCUCCGAUAGUUUUAGUCUGUAUAUUGUUCAUUCGUUUAACAAGCAUGUUGAAAAGGGUUUUUGGCAACAUGGCUUGAGCACAUCAGUAACUCAGUAGCAUGUUUUGAUAAAGACGAUAUUUGGAGAAAAAAAAAGAAAAGAAAAAUGCAGUUUCUUGUACAGUGCAUGUCAAUGACGAUGCUCCGCCCCUUUGAAUUGAACUUGAGUGGAAAGUAGGCAGUGGUCAGACAUGAACCAGAGGGGCAAAAUUCUGAAUGAACAUUCCACCUUGUAAAAUCAUACUUUGUUGAACAUUUAAGGGAAAAUGUGACCAGGGAUUUUUAUAUCUUUACGGAAACAUGAGCUGCAGUAUUCCUGACAAAAGAGCCCAAAAUGUCAGUAAAUCUUUUUACCGGUGACCACUGCAGCUCACAGUCUUUUGCAGUAUUGUGCUGUGCAGUUUUCCGAGCAUGAUGCUGUUUGCAGAGAGAUGCACAUGGGGACGAUUAUAUUGCCACACAAUAUACUUUUCAAUUUUCAUUUCUUAGUUUUUUGAGAAAGUUGAAGUCAUUUAAUAUAUUUUUGUUAGUUUAUUUACAAGCCAAGACCUAUUUAUUUGUUAUUUUCUAUUUUUAGUAAUAAUCAGAGCUUCUUAUAUCUGGAAAGUAUAUGACUCAUAGUUAAAAUUUCUGAAUGGAAAUAUACACAGAGACAUUAUACCUCUUCUAAUGAAUAAAUUCUUCAUUCUAGUGAUUCAUAAUUUUUAAAAUAACUUUUUUUUUUUUUACUUAAUAACAUUUUUCCUCCAUAACAAUUUUUCUGGCUGCCUAUCAUUUCCAUGUACAUCUGUUACCUAUCGAAAUGUAUUCCGAUUUUAUUGGAAAUCUCUACACAAACUUCUCUAGAUGCAGUCAGAUCUUUUGGAAGUGGGAUAAUGUCUCAUAUGAUGUCAAAAGUAUGUUCUAUUCUUUUUAAAAUGCCUUUUCUCUUUAUUGUUAUUUUCUUUUUCUUUAUUUUGGUGCAAUGUGUUCAUGCCAAGGCUAUGUCUUGGUCAAGUAUGGUUGAGUACAGAGAUUUAUGCAAGUUAUUUUUCAAAAAAAAAAAUUAUAAUAAAAAAUGGAUAUUUCACUGGAAAUUUGAGUGUU